AUGUUUCUGCAGCUGGGCUCGAUGUCAGAAUCUCGCAGCCCUGAGACCACGUCGUCGCUUCCAAUGGGACCGCCACACGGACCGAUGAAAACCUCCCAGGAUAAUGUGGAACUGUGCCGGCGACAUCAGUUGUGUCUCGGCGAGCAGACGCACCUGGAGGCCCUGAACAAGGGAAGCUUCGGUCACCCAGAGCUGUGCCGUAAACCCUGCCAGUUUUUCCAUCUCGGCACGUGUGCAAUGGGGCGCUCCUGUGGGUAUUGCCACAUGCCGCACACAGGAUCUCCUGCGACACUGGACCGAGUGGGAAGAGUGACACUUCGCAAGCUGCCCGCAGGUCGCACGCUGGAGCUCUUCCUGCCCAUCCUCUAUGCGCGUGCAGAAGAGAGCGACUUGAUGAUGGAGGCUGCGCCGCUGCUUGCGAUGCUGGCCCAGGCCGAGGCACAGUCGGAAGCUACUAGUCAUCCUGCUGCCAAGAAGAGCAGCGACCGGGAUCCCUUCAAGGAGAUUCGCAAGACGCUGCGGAAGAUGACCUUCAGUGAGCUUGUGGGCUUGCUUUGCCGCAAUUGUGACAAAGAGGCCUUUGUCCCUCAGGUGACUGAGGAGCUAAUGUCGUUGCGAGAAAACUGCGCCGACCGUGUUCUCAUCUGA